AUGACGAAGGUCUCCCACAAGUGCCAGACGUAUUCGACGGCGGCCGAGGCCGAGGCCGCCGGCAUGAAGAUGGCGUCGACCAACCGCGGCUCGCGCACGAGCAACAGGUCCGGCAAGUCCGGCGCGAGCGGCGGGCGCAACGCCAAGACGGACAAGGAGAUCAAGGCGAGCGUCGCCGGGUUGAAGGAGCCGUGCGCGCGCGUGAAGGUCGUCAUCGGCAUCGUCGAUUCCGCGCUCGGGGACGUCACCGCGUGCCUCUACCCCCAGCCCGGCGAGACGCCCGCGGCGAAGGAGGUGCGCAUGAACCUUUACCUCGUGCUCGACUACGCGCGCAAGGGCCUCGUGGGCCUCCACCUGGACUACGAAUACCACAUCAUGAAGAAGGACUCGCCAUUGCGGCGCGAGUCCAUGGUCCCGGGCCACCCGCGCUACAUCCAGGGCGACACGCUGCUGCGCAAGCUCUGGGACGCGUCGGCCUGCGUCUGCGCGUUCAAGUCGGACGCCAAGCCCACGCGGCUCUUCCGCGACGUCGUCCCGGAAGGCGAGGACGAAUCGGUCAAGGCGAGCGAGGUCCCGAAGACGAGCGUCCUCUCGAAGACCGUCGUGCGGGCGUCGCUCGACAAGGUCUUCGAGGACUACUCCGUCGUCUUC